AUGGCCAAUGCAAACUCCCCCGAAAUCCUCGCUGCCUAUGAUGAUGUCCGCUCCGACAAAUCCCCUACCAACUGGCUCAUAAUAUCCUACGCCAAAACCGGCAACUCUCUCGCCCUUACGGCCACCGGAGAAGGUGGCCUUACCGAAUUGCGUGAAAAGUUAGACCCUACCCAAGCACAAUACGCUUAUUUACGUGUGGAAUACGCCAACGAUAGCGAAUCUUCAAGAAUCAAGUUCGCCUUCAUUGUGUGGAUUGGGGAACAGACAAAGGUUAUGAGGAAGGCAAGGGUUAGCAUUGAGAGUGGUGCCGUCAGGGCCGUGUUGAGUCAUCACAGUGUGACAAUAGAUGCGAGGGGUACGGAGGAUUUGGAUGAGGCCGACAUAGUUAAGUUGUGCAGGAAGGCAGGGGGUGCAGAUUAUAAUGGUGGUAGAGGAUGA